AUGGGUAGCAUCGAGCCUCCACGUUCUCGCUAUGAGCGAACCCCCUUUGGACAUGAAAUGCUCAAGCACUUCUCCAUUGACCCAACAUACACCGAGCUCAACAAUGGCUCCUUUGGCACCGUGCCCACAGCCAUCCUGAACAAGGCCCACGAGCUGCGUAGACGCUGCGAGGGCCGACCCUGCUCGUUCUCCAGAUACGAGUUCCCAGCAUGGCUGGACAAGUCGCGCGAGGCCGUGGCUGACCUGCUCAACGGUGACCCAGACAACAUCGUGCUGGUGGCCAACGGCUCCACGGCCUCCAACACCAUCAUGCGCAACUUUGCCUGGAACGAAGACGGCUUGGACGAGAUCAUCCAGGUCAGCAUCAUUUUUGCGCCCCUGGGAAAGAUGACUGGCUAUGUCGGCAGAGUCGACCCCAAGCUAGCUCAAGCUCUGGCCAGCGGCAAGACUCCCUUCGUGUACACUUUGAAUUCGUCGCUCCCAUGGACACUUCGGCUACCUCUGCAUUCCCGAGUCGAUCCGCUGGCGCCAGGAGGCUCCCUCAUGGCCGACAUUCUGGGCACAAAAGUGCUGGAUAACAAGUCCCAGACUGUGUCGGCCUGCUGCAUGACAAACGUCCUCUUGCCCCUGAAGCUGGAUGCCGGUAACAACACUGAGAACCCGCUCCCGGAGGGCUGGUAUGCCGUCAGGAGCAAGCCGGGCGUGCAGUUCAGAGUCAGUGACUGGAUCAUGCGCAAGAUGGCCACUGAGUACGAGACUCUCAUGCCCGUCUUCUUCUUCCAGGGCUCCUGGUGGGCUCGGGGGAGUGCUCAGGUCUACCUCGAGCUUAACGACUUCGAUUGGGCCGGCAGGAUGCUCAAAGACCUCUGCGAGCGAGUUGGCGACGGCGAAUAUCUCCUAUAA